AUGACCAGUUCAACUGGAUCUGCAAUCCAUAGAGGUAAGAAAAAGUGUUUUACAUGCAAUAAAAAGCUUGGUGCCGCAUCAAGUAUCAAGUGUCGAUGCGGAGCCGUGUUUUGUGCCGUGCAUCGAUAUUCCGAUCGACACAACUGCUCUUUUAACUAUAAAGAGGCUGGAAAAGCAAGUUUAAUUCGUGAUAAUCCUAUAGUAAAAAAAGACAAAUUGGUUUGGUUGUAA